AUGAAGGAAGCUCAACCUUAUGAUAAACUGACUUGGGAGUUAGAUGCUGUGGAAGACAAUGUGCAAUAUCAGAAAAGGAUUGGAGCUUAUAGCAUCCCAACAACAAAGAAAAAGAGAAAGCUAAGCCACCAUGUAGAUUCUAACUUGUCAGAAAAUAGUGAUUCCGAAGUUUUAACCCACCAGAGUGCAGGGAAUAUGUUUUCUUACCAGUAUGAAGGUGACAAGAUGAAAGUUGAUGACUUUGAAAUUGUCUCAGAAAAAUAUGGCAAGUUUAGCCAUCAAGAGGCAGAUACAAAGACACAACAUGUAGUUCUUCACUACAGAGUUUAUGAAUCGUCAUCAGAAGAUGAAAGUGUUUCACAUGAAAAUGUUUUAAUACUACCAAAAGCAAAGAACAAUUCUUAUAUAAGUUUAACAUCAAAAAGCACUGAUGGAGAAAAAGGACAAAAUGAAGAAAUUGAUGUUCCAAAUAUUUUACCAGAGACUCAACAGAAAACUUAUAACAAAGAAUUGAUUGAAAGAACUUCUGACAUUUUAGAAUCAGUUUCUACCAAAACAAAAUUAAAUCAAUCAAAUUAUGACUCUGAUAACCAGAAUAUAAAAAGGAUUUCCACAGAUACGGUUGAUGUCUCCAGUAGUAAAAGUAACUCUAAUGAUGAUGAUAAAUGUGAGAAGGAUUUAGAAGCAGAAGAUGAUCAAAUAACAGUGAAAGAACUUGAUACUCUGAGAAAUAAAUCAGUACCAGAAAAAGUUUAUGAACAAGAUUCUGGUUACCUUAUAUUUGGUACGAAAGAUCCAGUUGAUACAGAGGAAGAUGUUCUGGAUAUGGUGAAUACUGAUUCAUCCAGAAUGUUUUAUUACCAAUCAGCAAUUAAUCCAAUAACAAAUGAUAACAUUGAGUUCAUGAUACUGGAACCGCAGGGUAAAGAAACCAAAGAGUUACGUGUAUUGCAGAAGGAUUCAGAAGAAAAAGACAAAAGCAAAGAGGAAAGAGAAGAAAAUGAAUAUAAAGUGAAUGAAAGUAAAAGAGAAGAUGAAGAAAGAGAAGUUAUAGAAGAAGGAAAUCAAUCUAAAGCAAUGAUAGAUUUCAUAGUCCUGCAAUCUGAAAAGUGUUUGGAGAAAACGUCUGUUGAAACAAAAGCAAGAAAGGAUUAUGUGGUAGAUGUCGAAGGUCAAAUAGAAUGUGAUGAUACAGAUUCUGUCUCUUCUGCUAACACUGAUGAUAUCUGUUCAGGAAAGUGCAUUAUGAAGUUGGCAGGAAAGAAGUCAAAGAGGGAACCAGAUGCAUUAGGUGUAGUUGAGUUUGGAGACGAGAUAGCUCCAUCAGCAGUUGAAAAUGACAGUGAUAGCCACUUGAAAAACCAAACACUACAAGGAAGUGACAACAGUAGUGUAUGUGGUGAGGAAGAUCAAGAACCCAGUGAAGCUGUUGAAGGGAACAGUAGUGAUGAUGAGGAUGAUGUUGAGGCCAGUAGUGAUAAUGGAAAAAAUAUUUGUAAAGAUGAUGAAAAUCUUACCAGUGAUGAAGAUGCCAGUACUGGUGAAGAUGUCAAUAAUGAUGAUGGCAUUAGUGAUGAAGAUGACAGUACUGGUGAAGAUGUCAAUAAUGAUGAUGGCAUUAGUGAUGAAGAUGCCAGUACUGGUGAAGAUGUCAAUAAUGAUGAUGGCAUUAGUGAUGAAGAUGCCAGUACUGGUGAAGAUGUCAAUAAUGAUGAUGGCAUUAGUGAUGAAGAGGGCAGUGGCAGUACAGAUGGAAGUAGUGAUGAAGAUGGCAGAAGUGAUGAAAAUAGUCAUAGUGUUAAAGACAGCAGUAGUGAUGAAGAUGACAGUAGUGAUGAAGAUGAAAAUAGCAGUGAUGAAGAAGAUAUCACUGAUGAAAAGACUCGAAACCUGAUGUCACCAAGUUCUCUCAAUGGCAGAGCUGUAUCAGGAAGUAGUUCUAAGAACUUAGAUGUCAAAGAACACAAAAAGGUUCUGGAUCGCAGGGUUCUUGCUGUAAGCCCUGCAAAGCAGGCAUCUUCAAAUAUCAAACGACUGGAAUCAGUGCAGAAGAGGAAGGAAGUGGUCUUAGGACAGAAGAAAGCAAUACAGAUGGCCUUAGCAGCUGUGGAUAGCAAGACUGGACCAGCCCAGGGAAAACACAUCAUCUUUGACUCAGAUGAUGAAGAGGAGCAUGAUGGUAUGAAUAUUCCCUUCCAAAAUAAAACUGAUCUAUCUAAAAUGGGACCAAUUCUGUUUGCAAGUGACGAGGAUAGCUGUGAUGAUGAGGAUGAUAACGCUCGUUUCCAAAUUAAGCCACAGUUUGAGGGAGAAUCAGGAGAAAGAUUGCGUAAACUACAGGAGCAGAUAGGAGGGGAUGAUCGAUUUACGAUGGAUAAGUCGUUCCUUGAGGAUCAAAGUGAUGAAGAUGACGAUGAUCCCAGUCAUUUGAUUCCAAACUCGUUCGCUGAUCAAGGUGAUGAAGAGGUUGAUUUGAAGACAGAGAAGGAGAAAUCUCUAAGCAUCUUGCAGAGUAUUGUUGGAACUAAAGGCAUCAUUUCUAGACCAAAGGAGAUGAUUGGGCAGAAAUUGGGUUUCAGGGGAAUGAUGAUACGGUAUGAUCCAUCCAGAGAUGACCACACCCAAUAUGAAGUGCAGAACAAAGAAAAAAGACCCUCCUCCUUGGAAGGAAAAUCUGCAAAGAAAAGUAACGAAGCUCCAGAGAUAAUCGUACCUGAAGUCUCUAAGGAAAAAUACUUUGAAGUGAGUGGUGAUAUUACAAACGCUUUUGGAAAUGACAAAAGAAAAAUUGACACCGUAGAAAACAAGGAUAACAAAGAUAUAGUAGAGAGCUCUCCUGAGAAAGGUUCGACGUUCCGUUUCUUUGGCGACAGCGAUGAAGAGGAGGAUAAUAAUAGCACUAAACCAACAGGUGAUGAAGGAACUUCUUGUGAAGAUUUACAGAGAGGAAAUAAUUUUGUUUCUGGCGGAUCGCAGUUUCAAUUCUUUGAAAGUAGUGAUGAAGAAAUUGACUUUCAAGAAGAGAUAAGUAAAGAGACUGUAGAGGUGAAUUCAGAAAACGGAACUGCAGAUGCAACACCAAAACAAUCUUUUUUCUUCCAAGUAGACGAUCAAAGACUCAAUGAUGGACCAUUGCAGUUUUAUAGAAAAGAGAACAUCGAUAAUAUUACACAAAAGUGGCAAGAAAACCGUACCAAUUUGAUGACAUUGUCUCGGAAUCGAUACCGAAAAGCCAUCAAACACAAAAAACAAACUGCUCAACGGAUGAAGAAGAUGUAAAUGACUUGUUUUGCGGGUUUUUAGCAUCUGCUUUGCAUCCUUAUUCAGGAACUCGCAAGGAUGUCUAUACCAUUCAAUUUGAUAUCCGCAUCAAGAAAAGGAAGAGCGGUACAACACUAUGUGAUAUGUGAGUUUCUGUUUUCGCUAAUAAUUAGCGAGGCUUGUUCUUGUGCAGAAGGAUUUAAUGAAAUCAAGAGAAAAAACAAUGAAUCAAUACUUUUCUUGUGGGAAGUUGGAGUUUGAAUUAUAAUUUAUAAUGAGUUAUUUGGUUUCAAGAAAUUUAACACUCUACCUUUUUUGGGUAGUCCAAUCCAUACUCGUUCAUCCAUGAUAAGGUUGUCUAUUGUACUAUGAGGCUGGUUGAUGUACAAACUACUAUAUCUUACUACACUGUGACAAGGUGUAAGUAUAUAAAGCAGCAGUCUUGUGCUGCCAUCUGAAUGGUCAUCAGUUGGAGGUCAAUGCUGGUCACAUUUCUUGUCCUUUUGCAUGGCGUUGUACUCAUGUUUGUUGCCUCUGUCCCCAGGAGUAUUGGCUCCUGUUAGGAGGGGAAUAGUUUGGAAUGAAAUGUUUCUGGUGUUGAGAAAGCUGCAAGACUUUGAAUAUUUCCCAGGGAGCUGAGGAAAUUUUAUAAUAUGAUAUUGUAAUAAGAUUGAUUCCGUUUUCAGUGACCAGGAGAAUCCAAGUGUGGUGAGCAAGGGUGCAGAAAAGGGGAGGGGGGUGUACAGUUGUGAGUAAAUAGUACCUUGAGGAAAUAAUACCUCUAGAUGGCCAGAAAUGACACUCUAAAAUACUAAAAUUCAUCAUCAUAUACUAUAGCUGUACAGCCUCUUUUGUUAAAAUCGGAAUCUUUUAUGCAGCUCAUUUCAACAAUUUUCAGGCAACUUCUUGGCUUAUGAAAUUACAUUGUGGUCGAAAAGUGGUGGGGGGAACAAAGCUCCUCUCCCCUUUAAAUUAUGUGGGGGACCUGUCCCCAAUAUCCAAUGAUUUGCGGCCAUGGCGUUGAGACAUUAUGGGUUCAUGAAGCCGAUUUCCAGUUGAGACCUCAUCAACAAAGCAGCAAGAGAAUAGAUGAGAAAUUUUAAAUUAUAAAAACCCAUUGUUAAUGUAUUUUUAGUUAGUAAUGUUUAAAAAUUAAUUCAGUAUUACAACUGCAGACAAAAAGAAGUAUCAACCACUGGUACACCUGGAAUUAUUAUUGAGUCACUCUAAGAAGAUUGACUUCGAUAAGAUUCUUUAAAAAGUUAAUUCAUAUAUUUCUUCUUAAUUGUUCAAAUGAUUAAUUCAUUCUUUCCUUUAGUGGUUAAAUAGUUUAUUGAUUCAUGAAAUAAUAAUUACAUCAUUGAUUGAAUCAUUUAAUUAUUUGAAUCCUUCCAACCAGAAUUGCCCAGUUCUCCAUUAAACAGUAGUAUUCUCUGAACUUCUCAGUUUCAAAGUUUCUCCAAGAUUGAAAUACUUCUGUUUAUGGUCACUGCCAAAUUUGUCUUAUUACAUUCACAUGAUUAUGUAUCGCCUCUGCGUACAUCUGCCUGGUACAUAAUUCUAUGUCCAAGGAAAACCGUUCUCAAAGGUAUUGUCCAAUUGUAUUUGUUUUAUCAGAUCUUUCUAACAAGAUCUAAUCUUGUCAAAGCAAACCCACUUAUUUUGAAAAACUUAAAAGCCAGGCACAGGAGGAAUGCAAAUUUUUGUUGUACAAAUAAAUUUCUAAAACACUGAAAGAGUGUUUGAAAAAAAAAAAA